AUGCCUCUGCCUUCGCUGUGCCGGCUGGGCCUUUCUGCAGUUGCUUUGACGGGAGUUUCGCCGACAGCGCUGGGCGAGGAGCCGGUGCUGUACGGCGGCUUCAUUACCGCAAGGAAGGCGACUGACCGCCAAGUUCGAUUCUGGAAGAAGCUCACGGCCGAAGGCAUCCCUCUGGUCGCAACGCGGGUGCGGGACUCCGCCUACCAGCGCAUCCGUGGCCAUGCAGUGGUUGUCAAGCAAUGCGAGUCUGUGGACGCUGAUCUAUGCCUGAUCAUAGAGGACUUCGUGGAUUGGCGAAGCGGUUCCUUGGCACGCAGUAUCCAGGAGGUCGUCAACACCGUGCCAGACUUUGACGUCGCCAUUCUUGGACGCAACGACCAAGAGGUCCGAUGUGCGGACCUUGAGCCGGCUUCGGGAAGCUUCGCUCGAGUGAGAUGCUCUCCCAUCGCGAACUACGCCUACGUCGUCCAUCGCAGGUACUUCCAGGCCAUGUUUGAAGCUCUCAACUCGCCGGGCGAGAUCUGCGGCUACCACACAGACAUCUACUUCGGCACUGAGCAGAUGUAUGCUGUGGAUCCCAGCAGCCGCUGGUACGUGAAGUCACCGCUGCCGGUGCGUGUGCGCUGGCAGCGUGCUCCCUCCCCGGGCGACUUCGCGAGUCGCUGCGCCCUGGGGGCGCGCUCGUCGCGGCCGGUGGUUUUGCUGCAUCCGAUGAGGGCCGGUGGCACCAGCCUUUGUGACCUCGCUUCGCAGUGGAUCGACGUGGGCCGCAGAGGUGGAGUGGACAACUGCCGGAUCGACUCGUUGCAGGCUUUCCGCGAUGCCGCGGGCGCAUGGCCCUUUGCACCAAAGCACCAGCUGGAUUCAGGGCAGGCCAGACGUUUGUUCGCUCGUGGCCUGGGUUUCAUUUCGGUGGAGCCCAGCUUCAGCGAUUGGGACGAUGGGUCUGGGCAUGAGGAUGGGAGCGACACGAAUCGUUCGGCCAGGAUGGCCAGGUGGCUUGGCUCCAUGACAGGUCCUCGCAGCGGCUUCUGGAGUUCCUACCUCCAUGUGCUGAUGGUGCGCAACCCGCUUGAUCGGUAUCUUUCUUGGCUUCAGUUCUGUAUCCCAGUUUGCAGCCUGAUGGAGAAGGUGGAUAUGGACCAGGCCGAGUCGUACCGAGACUUCGUGGCCCGCUGCUUCAAGGAGAAAGUGUCAGAGUUCGUCGAGCUGGUUCUCGAGCCUGGCUUGACAAGAUCUUCGUUCAGUAUUCGCUCUCCUUUCCUCUUCCAAGACGAUCGGCGUCAGUUUGUGCCUGGCUGCCGCCGUGCCACUUUAGGUUACCAUGUUGCACAGGCCAGCAACUGUCUCGGCAGACACCUUGUGCCCGGCAUCGGCCGAGCGGACGACUCCACAAAGUUGGAGGAGGCCCUGUCGGUGCUGCACCGCUUCGAUGUCGUCGUUGACGUGUCCUUCGCGCCGAAUGAGAGCGGCGUGCUUCUGCAAGACGCUUUUCGCAGGAACAUCGCCUGCGGGGAGCGGUGUGCGGACCUGGCAGCAUUGCCAGAUUUGCGGGUUCCCAGGAGCAGACCAGGCCUCGAGAGCAUGCAGAGGAUCGAUCGUCCCAGUCCGGUCCUCGGCUUUGCUUUCAGCGUAGCAUCUUCAGUUGCGGAUUUUUAG